AUGUCUGACUAUCAGUCCAUUGCAGCUCGCAAGCAGCAGCAUUUGGAAUCCCUCAUUCCCCCGGAAUGGCGUCUCGCCGCUUCACAAAUCCCCGCGGGGAUGCUCUCCGUCGCCAACUCCGUCACCAACCCUUCCUACAGCGAGAGCAUCAAUGUCGUUGACAUCCCGCGAACUUGCGGACUACUCACUCCUCAUGAGCUGCACAUCACCGAAGACUACGACAUCCGAUCCCUCCUGACAGAACUCCAUUCCAAACGCCUCACCGCGGAAGAAGUCACCCGCGCGUUCUGCAAGCGCGCCGCCAUCGCCCAACAACUCUCUCGCUGCCUCUCCGAACCUCUCUUCACCCAAGCCCUCGCCCGCGCCCGCACCCUCGACACCCACCUCCGCACCACCAACACCCCCAUCGGCCCACUCCACGGCCUCCCCAUCUCCGUCAAAGACACCUUCCACAUCACCGGCGUCGACGCAACCAACGGUCUCGCCGCCCUCGCCUUCCACCCCUCCACCAAAGACGCCGACCUCGUCACCCUCCUCCAAUCCCUCGGCGCCAUCAUCAUCACCAAGACCAACGUCCCCCAAACCGUCUCCACCCUUGACACCGCAAACCACCUCUUCGGCCGCACCCUGAACCCCCUCAACCGCCGCCUAACCGUCGGCGGCAGCACCGGCGGCGAAGCCGCCCUCCUAGCCCUCCGCGGCACCACCCUCAGCUUCGGCACCGACAUCGGCGGCAGCGUACGCAUCCCACCCAUGUGCGUGGGCAAAUAUGGCUUCAAGCCCAGUCACGGCCGACUCCCAUACGGCGGCCAGCAAGAGGCGGGUCAUCUGCCAGCGAAGAACCGCAUCGCAUUGCAGCCUGUGGCUGGAGUGAUGGGCCACUCCGUCGAAGACAUAGGGUUAGCAUUGGCGGAGAUCGUGCCCAGGGCAGAACUGUUCGGAGAGGACUGUAUACCGGGGAACUGGGGUCCUUCAUCAUCAUUAUCCCUAUCGCCAGCCAAGCAGAAACAGAAACUAACCAUCGGCAUCCUCCGCACCGACGGCCUCGUCGAACCCCUUCCUCCCGUCCGCAACAUCGUCAACGAAGUCGCUACCAUCCUGCACCAUCAUGACAUCGACCUCAUCGACCUCCCCACCCCACCCGCCCUCCGCAAAUGCCAAACCAUCGCCAACAAACUCAUGGGCAUCGACGGCGGUAACCUCAUGCACGACCUCCUCGAACAGACCAACGAGCCCCUGAUCCCCUGGCUCCAGGGCCGCUCGAAGCGCCGCAACCCCCUCACCGUACCGGAACUAUGUGAGCUGCAGCAUCAACGCGCACAGGUCCAGCGUGAGAUGAUGACCAUGUGGACGUAUCCCUGCCCCACUGCAGAAAACCAAGGAAACGAGAGGACAAAGAGGAGAAUAGACGCAAUCAUCCACCCCGUCGCACCGCACCCCGUCCCUGAACACGACAAGUAUAAUGCAGUCGGGUAUACCUCGUCCUGGGUACUGCUGGAUUACCCGGCGGGUGUGGUGCCGGUGCGGAAGGUGAAGAUGGAGGAUUUGGAGGUGGGGAGGGAGAUGAAGGAUCCGGUGAGGGGGAGCUGGGAUGCGAAGAAUAGGGAGUUGUGUAUGUUGUCCCCCAUACCUUUCUCAUUUUUCUUGUUUAUUGAGAUGAUGUUUGCUUGA